AAAAUGAAACGUUUUCACACGAUCGGUUGUUAAUGUUUAGGCCAAGUGUUGUUUGUUGAGCGACUGUAAGACUUUUCAUGAUGUUAUAGUAGUCGGCUGAUGGCACUGUGUUGAUUUUCUGUGGACGAACAAGUCAUAGUCAAGGCUCGACCUGAUCGGAAUUAAAAGAAAACAAAACUAUCUUAGCAAACAGCCCAUUGUGGUUUUACUGUGUGCUUUCACUGCAUAAUUGAGCCCAGCUCUGUGCACCUGGGAAAUUGCUUGUGACUCGAUUUCCAGAGAGCUCCCGGUUGGACGACUAUGGUGUGGAGGAGACAAGCAACAGUAGUUCAAGCUCGACAGCUACUCAAUGCCAUUGCAUAUAUCAAACAACAGAAGCAAAUCCCCAACUUGGAGCGCAUCACGCGCUACAUGCAGCGAGAACACAAAGUUCCUCCCUCCGAAACUCACAAGCAGCUACAGAAUGCAGUCAAAGACAACCUCAUCAUUUCCUACACUGCCAUUGGUAACAAAGGCUCCAAGACUGGGAUGGAGCAGAAAGGAUAUAAGAUUUCUGAUGAAAGUGAGCUGGUUGAUGAUGGCCAUGAUUGGUAUUGUUUCAAAUGCCAUGGUCCAGGAGAUGUUAUUAGCUGCAACAAAUGUUGGCGUGUUUUCCAUUUAAGUUGCUUUGAAGAAGAAGAAGAAUCUUAUACUAAUGGUCACAAGCACAUAUGUUAUAUUUGCAAGGACAUCCAGAAACAGGCUGGACACAAUCGGAUCCGAGGAAAUAUGCUAAACACUCUUCUGGGUUACACAGUGCAAAGGUUGAAAGAAAAGACCCGGGAGUUGCACAGAAUAGGACACAGGGAUGAAGAGUUGAAUUUUAAACGAUUUGUUUACAAACCAAUGGAUCUGAAUACCAUGGAGCAAAUAGUACAGACUCAGAAGUAUCGAUGUGUGGAAGAGCUUGUUGCUGAUGCCCAUAACAUUGUGCAUAAUGUAUAUUUGGUAUAUGGAGAGGAGCAUGGAAUGACAGAAUUAGCCCGGAUCAUGAUACGUGAUUGUAAAUAUGAUAUUGAUGAGAUUUGUCAGUGCUGGAAUUGUUACUACAUGUCAAACUCUAAACCUGCAAAUUGGUUUUGUAAGCCAUGUAAACCACCCCAUGAACUUGUUUACGCAAAACUGAAGGGCUUUAGCUACUGGCCUGCCAAAGUCAUUCGGGUAACGGAAGAUAGUAAACAUGAUGUCCGCUUUUUUGGGGGCUACCAUCAAAGGGCUCUCAUCCCUCAAGAAUACAUUAAACCAAUUAGUGUGAAUAUUAAGACUGUGACAUCCAAACGAACCCAAGGGUUUAUAAAAGCUUGCGAGGAGCUGAAGCUACAUCGCCAGUUGCUGGAGGAACAAGUUGAUGAAAGCAGCAACAACGGAGACAGUGAGAUGGAAAACAAUAUGGAGGAAGAUGAUGAGGAAGAGGAGGAUGAGGAGGAAGAUGAUGAUGACGAUGAUGAUGAUGAAGAUGAAGAAGCAGAUGAUGACACCGAGACUCGUGAGGUCACUUCAACUAGUGUGGCUCCCCCUAAAAAUACAUCCAAGCUGAAAACAAAGAUCCUGACACCAGAAAAUGUGAAUGUUGUCUCUUCAAGUGUAGAUAAAAUAUCAACAAGCCCCGCACCACGUUCUUCAAAGGUUGCCUAUAAGCAUACUGCUAGUCAAGCAACUCCAUCCACGGUUAAUAAAUUUGUACAGAGUGAUACCAGUAAGAAAAGUUGCAACUGUCAAGAUGAAUUGUCUAAUUUGUUAGAUGACUUCAAGAGAAAAACUGAAACUGAACACAAGAAAGAGAUUGAGCAAGCAGAGAAAAGAGUGUCUGAUCGGCUCCAAAAAGAGUUUGAGAUUGAUAAGCAGCAGGCUGUUGCUAGAGCUGUGACAAAUAUGCAGAGAGAAAUUGACCGAGUUCGCCGCCAGACAACAGAGAAGAUCAAAGAACAGUAUAUGGAAGAGAUGAAAAAAUUGUCUAAAAAACAUAAGGAAUAUAUUUCCUAUGUAAAGAAAAAACAAUGGUGUUUCUUCUGUGGAGAGGAAGCUAUGUACCAUUGCUGCUGGAAUACGGCCUAUUGCAGCAAAACAUGCCAAAAGGAUCACUGGCAGAAAGAACACAAAAACGAUUGUCGAAGGCCGCGGCCGAAACCGAACACCACACAGCAGCAGGAACAGCAACAAAUGGACAGCGACAGCGACAGCAGUGAUGGCAACAAUGGUAAUCGUACUCAUGGUCAUGGAAGCAGUAACUUCAGUUUAAGCGGCAGCUCUGGCAGUAGAGAUGGCAGCUGUAAAAGCGUCCUUUACUAUUAGACAUGUAACUUUGUGCUUAAGCAUUUAGAAUUGAAAUGGCAACAACAAAUAAUAGAAACACAUUUUCUCCAUCCCUCUCGCCCAUCAUGUCAGUAUUGAAAGAAACCAAUGCUCUUCAGAAUUUUGGUUUUCCAAUUGAGAUCGUGUGAACUCGAUGAUGAUAAUGACGAUAAUGACAAAAAAAAAAAAGAUGAAAAAAUGAUAAAAAAAAAACAGCAUAGUUAAACAUUCAUUGAUGCCCAUCCUUGCUUUCAUUUCAUUGUCGUUAUAUAUUUUUGUUUUCUAAGAUUUUUAGAUAAUUUUUCAUUGGUCUUUUAUCCUUCUCUCAGAAUUGAAUGAUUUCAGUAUUGAAGAGUAACGAAAGAAUUUCUACAAAACUAAAAAAUGACAAAAAGAAAUAAAUUACAUAUAAAAUACCAGGGAUUGUUUGAGAAAGAACAUAACUAAAAGAACAUAUAUAAAAACACACAAACACACACACACGAGAAUUUGUGAGUAUAUCCUCAUGUUUGUCUCUACGUCUUUUUCCCUCUGUGUGUGUGUAUAUAUAUAUAUUUACUCUCUCUCACAUACACACACACACACAUGUAUUUAAUAGAGUUAUUACAUAGUGUUAGGACAAUUAAAGGGAUGAAGUAAACUUAUGGUGAAUGUUUUUUGGUCAACAGUCCAUGUUGUUUUUCUAUGAAUUCGGUCCGUCUCUUUGUUGCAAAUGAUUGCACCGUUUUGUAAACGAGAAAAACCCCUAUUUAGUUCUGUCCCAGUUUGCAUUAAUAUUAAUAUACCAGUCAGCAUCCUACCAGUUGCCCUUCUCUCUCUGGUCAGGGAAAUCAGUCACCUGUCUCACCUGUCUCUGAUGAAGUGGUUGAUCCAAAACACUGAAACCACACAAGUGGAUGUCUUUUUUUACACCUGGCCACAGAGAGAGAAUCCUAUGGUUUAACCACAGUGUGUGUGUGUGUCUGUAUGCACAUACUGAUAAUCCCUGUAUGGAGAAAGAGAGAGAAUUGUAUGUUUUUAUCGAUAUCUUUAUGUACCUAUAAAUCUCUUUCUCGCUCUCCACACACGCACACACACAUCUACCGAGGUACAUACAUUCAUGUAAAUAUCUUCACAUUUGCAUGCUCAUUCGUAUAUAUACACAUCCAUCUUUAAACAGACAAACACUCAUUCGCCAAUCUCCUCAUUCAUCAGUCUCCUCAUUCAUCAAUCUCCUCAUUCAUCAAUCUCCUCAUUCAUUAAUCUCCUCAUUCAUCAGUCUCCUCACAAGCUCUUGCAGCCACACAUUUCAUUUGAUCUACUUAAAAGUACACACACAUACAUGUGCACACAUAUGCAUACAUACACAUAUAUAUAAGUGUAUACACACAGCAAUAGUUUAGUCUCGAUACUAAAACUACAUGAAUAGAGGUCCCACCUCUGGUGCAGUUUCCACCCCAUAUCACUUCUUGUGAAAGCACAUAACUUUAAGUAAUCUGAAAAACAAUUAACCUACAAGGCAGAGCCCCAGUAUGGCCACAGUCUAAUGACUGAAACAAGUAGAAGAUAAAAAAUACACACAUAUGCAUAGUAGAUGAAUUUUUACUUAACCUUGACUUAAAAUUUCAUCUGAAGAAUGCUUUCUUUAAGCAUAAAUAUUUAUGCUUUGGGAAAUCAGCAAUAUUUAUCAAGGGCAGAGGCUCUCAACCCUUUUUUUUUAACCUGUGGACCCCUUUUGUUACUAUUUUUACUCUAGUGGACUCCUGUAGCCAUUUGGUGUUUAAAAACCAGUUUUAUAGAUGCUUCUUUUAAAGUUCCUUUUUUGUUUUUCACCCAUUCACUUGUAGAAGUUUGUAAUAGCACCAUUUGAGAACAGACAAAAAUAUGUCUAACUAUGUAAAAGAAACUAGGAAAAGAAACCCGUUUCUUGCAAUAAAUAUAUCAAAAGCAAGAUGUACUCACGGAACCCUUACAAUAUUACUGUGGACCCCCAAUUUAAUAUUUUGCUUGUGUGGACCCCUAAAAAUCUUAAUGUGGAGCCUGGUUGAGAACCAGUGAUCUAGUGUUUUAUAGAAAUCUAUUUAGUUUAGAGCAAG